CACACACACACACACACACACACACGCGCGCGCAGCAGCAGCAGCAGCGGCGGCGCAAUUGUAGCGGAGCGCCAAACAAAGUAGCGUUUACCGGAUGAACGCAAACACUGGGCUCUACUCUUCUUCUUCUCUUUUGAUUUUUGUUGGUCCUCCUGGAAAUACUUCCGCUGCCGGAGCGCGUUGUUCAGCCCGAGCGUUGAGUGGACAAGAGGGUUCCGGAGCCGCUGUGCAAACCCUGCCCUGUGUUUUGUGUGUGUUAUCUAUUUUCUCUCUCUCCACCCCACACACCCUCUCUCUCUCCCUCUCUUUAUUGUUUGCUGUGGAUAUUACGGGAAGUUCUUGUUGUUGCCUCUCUUCUUCUUUUUUUUGUGGACCUUUAACUUCCGAGGGAACGUUUUGAUGCAAAUGUCCAGUCGCGGACUCCGGGCUUUUGGUUCCACUAAACGGACUUGAAACCGCUGUGUGUUGUUGUUUUCUAACCCCCCACCCCCCCCUCACACACACCGUAUCGUGAGGCUGUGCUGUGUGUGUGUGUCACUGCAAUGUGAGCCACUACAGUGAAGUGGGUACAUGACAAAACCCUCCGCUGCUUCCAGCUGUUUUCUUACCCGCUGCUGGAACGCCUGACCCCCCGGCACCCCCCCCCCCCCCAGGUGGAUGGAAUAUGUGAAGCAAACUUUUUAAGAAUGAAGAAGAGAAAAUUCACGUAGCACGUCUCUGUCGUCUGGAUCCGUGUCAUGAUUUCGAGUCUUUAUUUUUCUUUAUUUUUCUUCUUCUUUCCCAUUCCCCCCGUGUCGCCGGAGACCGGGGAGUCGACGCGCGUCCGUCUGGGAUGGACGGGAAUGUAAGCGCGGUGACGCACGGUUGCCAAACCGCCUGAUCAAAAUCCAGCUGACAGCGAAUGAUAUAAUAAUACAAAAACUCCCGGGCACACAGGUAGGGGAGCGGAUCGUAGCGUGGCUGCUCGCGCGCCGUGCAACACCCCCCACCCCCCCUUCCCCUCCCCCUUCCCCGCUGCUCUCAGUUGCUCCGCCACAGGGAGCCAAUUCGGGGACUCGGCUCAGAUACUUUGUGUGUGUGUGUGCGGGGAGUCCCCCUCCACCCCGCAACCCCCGGAACCGCUAUGGAGGAAUGGAGGCAAUGCGGGCGGUGGUUGAUAGACUGCAAGGUCCUGCCCCCGAACCACCGGGUCGUGUGGCCCUCGGCGGCCGUCUUCGACCUGGCGCAGGCUCUGCGCGACGGGGUGCUCCUGUGCCAGAUGUUGCACAACCUCUCGCCGGGUUCCGUGGACCUAAAGGAGAUAAAUUUCAGACCCCAGAUGUCACAGUUCCUGUGUUUGAAGAACAUCCGGACGUUUCUCAAGGUGUGCCACGACAAGUUCGGCCUGCGCAACAGCGAGCUGUUCGACCCCUUUGACCUCUUCGACGUCCGAGACUUCGGCAAGGUAAUCUCCGCUCUGUCCCGGAUCUCCCACCACAGCAUCGCUCAGAUCAAAGGCAUCAGGCCCUUUCCAUCAGAGGACACCGCUCUGAAUGAGGAUGAUGUGUACCGGAGCCUUGAAGAGCUGGCAGAUGAGCACGACUUGGGUGAGGAUGACAUCUACGACUGUGUGCCGUGUGAGGACGACGGCGACGACAUCUACGAGGACAUCAUUAAGGUGGAAGUACGACAACCCAUGAAAAUGGGCAUGACGGAAGACGACAAGAGAAAUUGCUGCUUAGUGGAGAUCAAGGAGACGGAGGCAAAGUACUACAAGACGUUGGAGGACAUUGAGAAGAACUACAUGAUCCCGUUGAAGCAGGUCAUGACUCCACAGGACAUGGAGGCUAUCUUCGUCAAUCUGGAGGAUGUAAUCAAAGUCCACCUGGCCCUCCUGCAAGCCAUCGACCUGAACAUGGUCAGCGGAGGAAGCGGCCUGGGGAAGAUCUUCCUUGAAUUCAAGGAAAGGUUGCUGAUCUACGGCCAGUACUGCAGCCACAUGGAGAACGCCCAGAAGACGCUGGAUGAGCUCAUCGCGACGCGGGAGGACGUCAAGAUCACGGUGGAGGAAUGCACUCUGAAGGUGCAGGAGGGGAAGUUCAAGCUGCAGGACCUCCUGGUGGUGCCCAUGCAGAGGGUGCUGAAGUAUCACCUGCUGCUGAAGGAACUCUUGAGUCAUUCCGCGGACCGACCGGAGAGGCAACAGCUCAAGGAGGCUCUGGAGGCGAUGCAGGACCUGGCCAUGUACAUCAACGAAGUCAAGAGGGACAACGAGACGCUGAAGAAGAUCAGCGAAUUCCAAAGCUCCAUCGAAAAUCUGCAGCAGGUGAAACUGGAGGAGUACGGGAGGCCAAAGAUAGACGGAGAGCUGAAGGUGUGCUCCAUCGUCAACCGGACGAAACAGGACCGGUAUAUAUUCCUGUUCGACAAAGUGGUCAUCGUCUGCAAGAGGAAAGGCUACAGCUACGAGCUCAAAGAGAUCAUCGAACUGCAGCUGUACAAGAUGUCGGACGACCCGCUGAACAACAGAGACGUGAAGAAGUCGAGUGGAAAAAUGUGGUCGUACGGCUUCUACCUGAUCCACCUGCAGGGGAAGCAGGGCUUCCAGUUCUUUUGUAAAACCGAGGAGACGAAGAGGAAGUGGAUGGAGCAGUUUGGAAUGGCCAUGUCCAACAUCAAGCCGGAGAGAGCCACGGCCAAUCAGCAUAACUUCCAAAUGCACACGUUUGUUAAGAACACCAACUGCCGCGCCUGCAAGAUGCUCUUGAGGGGCAUCUUCUAUCAGGGCUACUACUGCUCUCACUGUGGAACAGGAGCGCACAAAGAGUGCCUGGAAGUCAUCACCAUCUGUAAAAUCAGUCCUCACGACUUGGAGCCUGGAGUGUCAUCAGGUCCCAAGAUGGUGGCGGUGAGGAACUACCACGGCACGCCGGCCCCGACGAGCAAGACGGCGCUUUGUUUCCAGACGGGAGAUUUCAUCGAGCUGCUGAAGGGCGACCCGGACACCACGUGGUGGGAGGGAAAGCUGAUGCAAACUCAAAAGAGCGGCUUCUUCCCCAGUUCCUGUGUGAAACCCUGUCUGGACCCGAAGCCCUUUCAGUCAUUAUCCACCAGCCGGCAGUCCUCGAGGGAAUCCGACUACUACGGAUACUCUUGGUUUGCGGGCAACAUGGAGCGCCAGCAGGCCGAUAACCUCUUGAAGUCCCACAGCAGCGGCACCUACCUCAUCAGGGAGAGGACGGCCGAGGCGGAGCGCUUCGCCAUCAGCAUCAAAUUCAAUGAUGAAGUCAAACACAUCAAAGUCGUCGAAAAAGACAACUGGAUUCACAUCACCGAAGCCAAGAAGUUUGAGAGUCUUCUGGAGCUGGUGGAGUACUACCAGGCCCAUUCGCUGAAGGAAAGCUUCAAGUUGUUGGACACCACGUUGCGGAUCCCGUACAAGUCAAAAGAGCGCUCUCUAACGCGAGCCAGCACACGCUCACCAGCAGCCACCUGCGCCUCCUACAACUUCUCCUUCCUCAGUCCGCAGGGCCUCAACUUCUCCUCUCAAAGCUCAGCUCCCUUUUGGUCAGUGUUCACGCCUCGAGUGGUCAGCACGGCGGUGGCCAGGUAUAACUUCGCCGCCCGCGACAUGAGGGAGCUGUCUCUGCGCGAAGGAGACGUCGUCAAGAUCUACAGCAAGAUCGGGGGAGACCAGGGCUGGUGGAAGGGAGAGGCCAACGGACGAAUCGGAUGGUUUCCCUCAACGUACGUGGAUGAAGAAGGAGUCCAGUGAGGGUCGGACGUUCACCCGACCGCUCUCUUUUAAAAUCAGGAACCAUCUUUCAUCUGCUGCUCUCAGUGACACUUACUUCACUCCUUCUCCAAGGAAAAUAACACAAGAAAAAAAAAAGAUGUAUUUUUUUUUUUUUGCCGUUGUUUUUUGCUGGAAGCUUCAUUUUUUUCCAGUGAGUGUUUCGACCACGUUUCUCUAUCUUCAAUUAUGCAUCAGCUUUGCUUAUGUUUGUACAUUUUUUAAAAUAUGUGGCAGGGUGUCCUGUUUAAUUUGUGUACAGGUAGAAGGGGGGGAAAGGAAUUAACUCGCUGUUAGCCUCUGUGUGCUCGGCGGAUGCUUUUAGGAACCGAGGACACCGGGGGUAGCUUGAAAAAAGGUGAAAUAAUUGUACAGUAUAGAUAAUUUAUUGAAUAGAGAUUAUUAUCAUUACUAAUGAUUAUCGUGGGGGAAGUUGAUUUUUAGCAGCAGCGAGGAAUCGGAGAAGGAGAAAAAGUUCAAAUAAGGAAAAAAAAGACAAAUGUUCUGUUUUUAAUGUUACGAGAUUUUGCCUUAGUUGUCAUGGUUAUGCCUUGUGGACUGGCGCCAGUGGAGGGAAUCGACUUGGUUGACUGGUUUUACUUCUCCAUGUAAUGCAUGUGCCCAUGUGCGGCCCACACACACACACAUACACACACAGAUACACACACAUGCACACACACAGACCAAUGUAAAGUAUGGUGCCUUUGAACAAUGGUCGUCAACAUCAGCCAGUAGAGAACAUUGCCAUCGCCAACAAAAAAAAAGACAGUUCGUCCACAGCCCGGAGGACUUCAGCGAGAAGGGGAGAGGCACUCAUACGACACACCGGGGGGGGGCUCGCCUCCCGAGAUCGAGAACACACAAACGUGGGGGAAGCAUUUAACUUAUUUCUACCGGUGGACUCACAGAGACAGUCGGGACGCUUUUAUAGCCAACAACACAGACACUGUUCACAUCAACCUUGGCAUCACAAGUCAACGGGUGCAAAUCAGCUGGAUGCAAAAAGGGAAACAUCAAGACAUUCCACUGGACAACCACGUCACACUUUGAAAUCUUGGGUUUGAUUUUUUGUUGUUGUUGCACAGAACCAAUUUAUUUUAUUUUAUUUUGUUUGUCAAAACUGGAUCAUUUAUCGUUAAAAGCCAAAUUCAGAAAUGUUUUAAUGUCUGCAUGGAUUGUUAUGAUUUCUGUACUUUGCCUUAUUAUUUUUACAGAUUGUCAGGUGACUGGAUUUCCCCGCCCCCGUUCCCCCAAUGUUAAUCAUUUUUUUCAUGUAUGUAAUUUGGUGAUGUGCAGGCUGGUGAAAAUUAAACAGUGUCAGAAGACUUUUAAUCUGAUGGAAAGUUGAUGUGCUAAAGAAGUUCUUCAUCAUUUUGUGAUUGUUUUUCUUCUUUUGGGCGGUGCAAUGCUCAAUGUUUCCAUUUCCUUCCAGUCAUUUCCUAAUGUCGUGGAUACAGAUUAACGGGCAAUUUUCUGUUCUCGUAAUGCAGAUAAUUAAAGGUAAAAUUGUGUUUACAUUUAAUUUGA